GCGGGGCAAGAAGGGCGGGGCUUUGCGGAGCCUUCCUGAGUGGUUCCCGGCCACCUGGCACUGGGGCAGGACCUACAGAAAUGGGCUCCACCUGGAGGAACCCCGGGUGGUUGCGGCCAGCGCUCUGCCUCGCAGGCCUGGCGCUCUCUCUCUACGCGCUGCACGUGAAGGCGGCGCGCGCCCGCGACCGGGACUACCGCGCGCUCUGCGACGUGGGCGCCGCGAUCAGCUGUUCUCGCGUCUUCUCCUCCAGGUUGCCUGCGGGGACGCUGGGCCUCUAUCCUGCUGGUGCUGAGUUCCCUGGUGUCCCUUGCUGGUUCUAUCUACUUAGCCUGGAUCCUAUUCUUCGUGCUCUAUGAUUUCUGCAUUGUUUGCAUCACUACCUAUGCUAUCAAUGUGGGCCUAAUGUGGCUUAGCUUCCGAGAGGUCCAGGAACCCCAGGGCAAGGCCAAGCGGCACUGAGGCCUCACCCUAAACUGGGAUGACCUCAUCUUUGCUGUGGCCUAAGCCCUGCCCCACCAGGCCAUGCCUGGGUCCCUUGAAGGCCCUGCAUUCUCCCCUACCCUGUCCAUAAUCACACAGAGGAAAGUGGACCAAAUGUGCCUCUAGCUCUUUCUCCAAGGGCUGGUUUUUGCUACUGCCCUGGGAAAGAAGGUUCUAAGCAAUAAAAUUUCCUAAAUAAGUUG